CUAGCUUAUUAUCCUCCUCCCCUCCACCUAAACCCACAUUUUCUUUGACAUUCUAUUACGAAAAUAAGAUAUAAUAUUAUCUUAUAUGUUUAUUUAUUUCCCUAGAAAAAAAAAACGGUUCUAACCCCACCCUAGCUAGCUACUCGAUAGUCCACUCCUAUGGCUGACCAACUUCCUCUUCCUAAUAAUUCCAAUCAUCACACCCCAACUUCUUCUUCUUCUUCUUCUUCUUCUUCUUCCUCGUCGGGAAAGCACUCCAAGUACAAAGGCAUCCGCUCCCGGAGCGGGAAAUGGGUCUCCGAGAUCCGUGAGCCUCGCAAGACCAACCGAAUCUGGCUCGGCACCUUCCCGGCCCCGGAGAUCGCCGCGGCGGCCUACGACGCGGCGGCGCUGGCCUUGAAGGGCGACGAGGCGGUCCUCAACUUCCCCGAGUGGGCCGGGUCGUACCCGAUCCCCGCAUCCGCCUCCCCGGCCGAUAUCCGCAGUGCGGCCGUCGCGGCGGCCGCCAUGAUGAAGGCGGAGAUGAUGCGGGGGAUGGAACUAGGAGGGGCGAUGAAUUAUGACCACGUGGCAGCGGCGACGGAGGUGGAGGAGGAGGGAAGAGGGCAUGAUGGUGAUCGGUUUUAUGUGGACGAGGAGGAGCUGUUUGGUAUGCCGAAUUUGCUGGUGGACAUGGCCGGAGGGAUGAUGGUUUCGCCGCCGAGGAUGGCGCCGCCGCCGGUGAUGGAGGCUUAUGAUCAUGUUGGGAGUCUUUGGAGCUAUUACUGAUUAGUUCUAGCUAAGUAUUGUCCCUGCCGGAAAAGAAGAAACUCGACAGAUUUCUGGGGGAUCGAAUUGGAUCUGUGAGAAUAUGAAACUAGACGAUGAAGAAUAAACUAUAUGUAUAUAUAUUGUUCAGUCAACGUUUAGAUCAAUAUAUGUUACUGUGAAAAUGUCAACCUAAAAUGAGUUGUUUUUACUGUUGCGCCAAUUUUAAGAUGGAGCUCUGUCCAACGAACUGCCAAAGCUGGCUAUUUAGAGAGUCUUUUUGACAUGUUGUGUGGUACAGAGAUUCAUAUUAAAAAAAAAAUUACAUUGUGUACUAAAUGGUUGAAUUAUAUGGAAUAUAGAUCAAGAAGUGAUACUUGAGACCAUUGAGAGUGAAUGAUAUUAUAUAUGGAGAUAGUUCGUUUCUAUUUUAUUUAUUUAUUUAUAUAUUUUAUCAAUGCUAUGUUAAUUUAGGAUUGCAAAGAGGUUUUUUUUUACAGUCUAGUUAUUCUGCCAACUUAAGAUUCGUUAGUAUAUACUAACUAAUAUCCAAAAUAUAUGAACUAAUAUCCAAGUCUGCUAAGUAUCUAGAUAGCACAGACUAGUACUAAAAACAUCACAAACUAGUAUUCAGAUAGCAGAUACCAACUAAUAUCCACAAUCAACCAACUAGUAUUCAAUAUGGAUACUCUUAUGUGUUAUCUGGAUACUAAUUAUGUGUUGUUUGUAUACUAUUAUGUGUUGUCAAGAUAUUAGUUUGUGAAUUUGGGAUAAUAGUUGAUUCAUGGUGGAUAUCAGUUAGCAAACUUUGAAUGCUAGUCUAUGCUUUCUAGAUACUUUAGUACUUGGAUAUUAGUUCAUGUAUUUUGGAUAUUAGUUAGUAUCUGCUAACGAAUCUUCAAAUUAGCAUAUUAACUUUCCCCUUUUUCGUAGCACUCCUGUUUAAUUUCUUACGAUUGUUUACUUCUUUAUUGUAAUAUGAACCAACCGGUUGUAAUAGUUUGAUUUUUUUUGUUUGUUUUUUAUUUAUGAUUACAAUUCAUUCUCAUACAUUAUAUAUGAAUGCCCUCAUAAAUCAUAAGGGAUCUCAUUUGCAACAGGAGAGAGGACAUUGAAAUAUUUUUUUGAGGUGAUUACCAAUUUUAUAGAGAACCAAAACAGGAAUAAAAAGGACAUUUUUAUAAUAUAUAAAUGACACUAAAAAGAGAAGAGGAUAGACAAAAUAUUCAUAGAAAAGGAUAGACAAAAAUAAAAGGAUAGAUUAACUAAAGGGAACUGGACUAGCUAGUAGCUACUUGUAUAUUUUAAAUUAAAGCCAAUUCAGUUCAAUUAUGAAGAGGCUACUAGUCCUCGUUUCUAGCUACUUCGGCAAAAAAGUGUUUGGACUUUUGGUCUUUGCAAUGUGGUCAACUUUGGUCACAAAUGAGCUAAAAUGGUAUAGUAUUUAGAUCAAAUUAACUAUCGACUCAUUUCGUUUGGAUGUAAAUUGUAAUAUGCGUAGUCUGAUUAUAGUCGGUUUCGCUGUUGUUUUAAUAUUUUUAUCUUUCAAAAUUUUUCUUUUUCAACGGGGUUCAUGGACUCACGUACAUCUUCCGAUGUGAUUCUGCUUGUGCUCUUAUAGUGCCUGACAUGCCGAUAUACUCUGCUUCAACUGACCACCUUGCUUUUACAGAAAAUCAAAAUAAGUUGCGAUACUUGUCUUCUAUAAGUUCAUUUACAUUAGUAGAAGAUAGAAGCACACUGAAGCUGGGAUGAUCAUUAGAUGCGAAAAAUUGAAAUAAGUUGGCGAUACUUGUCUUCUAUAAGUUCAUUUACAUUAGUAGAAGAUAGAAGUACACUAAAGCUGGGAUGAUCAU